AUGCUUGACUAUACGCAGCGGAUCCAGGCGAUUCGAGACGGUGUAGGCAAGCAGGACUCACGGCAGCUCCUGGACGAAAUAUCGGCUCUCAUAGCAGAUGUACGAAAUAACCGGGAUAAAAUACCGGCACACGAUUUAGAAAAGUACGAGAAGGAAUUGAGUCUAUGGAGUGAGAAAUGCCGAGAGAAACCGAAAAAGUUUGCGUUCAAAUCCAAGCUAGCCAGGCCUGCUGCAAACGCCCAAGUCAGUCAGGCCCCGGAACAAACUCAAACCCCGCGGCAAUCUCGCAAAGUUGUAGAGCCUGCCAACGACCUCGACCACUGCAUUGUCAUGUGCGACGUCCCGCAGAAAACGCUGCAUCUGUCGAAAAUUUCCAAUUCGGUGAUUUUUCUCCAGGUCGACGGCCCGCUGUACUUGACAAACAUCGAAAACACAACCAUUGUUGCCCAGUGCCAUCAAUUCCGUAUGCACAAGAGCACAGAGUGCGAUGUGUUUCUGGGAACCAAGCGACCCAUCAUUGAAGAUUGCCGGGCAAUUCGGUUUGGACCGGCUUACUUCGGCUCUCCCUGGGACGAAAUCGACGACUUCAACUGGAUUCGCGAAACCCAAAGUAUCAACUGGUCCCGCAUAGACACGCUGCCUGAUUUUGAGUGGAUUGAUACCCCGGAAGGGCGUGCAAAAUGGCUAGAAAAAUAA